GGUCUCUUCGUGGUCUGUGUCUUUACUGUGCGCCUCACUCGUUUAUCAGAACUAGGUUAAAUAAGAGCAGAGGUGCUGAAGAUGGGGAAUUGGUCAGAACUCCAAGAAGAUCUACUCGUUCUCAUUGCCAAACGAAUUGUACUGUUCGAGGAUUUUGUUUCUUUUGGUGGAGUUUGUAGAUCAUGGCGAUUGGUUGCAGUUAAGAAGAAUUUUAAGGCGUCUCAACAAAUUCCAUGGCUUAUGCUUGCCGAAGAAGAAGAGACAAGUUCUGAUGAACGUCUAUUUGUUAGUCUGACAAAGUGUGGGAUGACUUGCAAAGCAACUACCGGAAGUGAAGGGGAAGCAGUGUCUGGAGUCUCUAGGCUGGUUCGUCACCAUAUCGAAAGAUGGCCAGAUGAAUUUGCUUCAUCCCUUAUCUUGGGUUGAAAUUGGGCUUCCUCAUAUCUGUACUGUCAAAUACUAUAACGAAGAUCACAUGAAAACUAACUUUAUUUUCAUCAGGAAAGCAGUAUUGUCUUCUAGUCCUUCAGGGAGUACAAAAGACGGCAACUAUGUAGUCAUGGUUAUAUAUGGAGGUCUUGGACGGCUGGGCUUCUGGAGACCUGGAGAUCAGACCUGGACCACCAUCGAACACCCACAUACCUUUGACUUUGAGGAUAUCACUUAUUACAAGGAUCAAUUUUAUGGAGUCGAUUCUUGGGGCGAUGUUUUUGCUUGCGACAUUGGUGGGCAUAAUCAAACUCCGGCACAAGCACGAGGGGUUGGAGGAAUACCUCGAGGAUUCCUUUAUAGCAAGCGUCUGUACCCAGUCGAAUUGGAUGGGGAUCUAUUGAUAGUUGUUCGAGAUCAUCUUAUAGAUGAUCUGGAAACCUAUAUGUACGAGCCGUGCUCUGUUGAUGAAACUAUUGAGGAGUCUAAGAUUGGUUAUGGGGUUAAAGAAUUUCAAGUAUUUAAGGUGGAUUUAUGUAAUGAGAUGGAAUGGGCAAAGAUAAAGAGCUUAGGGGACUAUGCCCUGUUUGUUGGAGAUAAUGCUUCCAUCUCCGUUCAAGCCUCUAAAUUCCCAAGAAUUAAAGCUUAUUGCAUCUAUUACACCGAUGAUUGUUGGCGAUCGUACAUACAUUGUAAGUGAGGAGGAGGCCAGGACAUGGGCAUUUACAACUUGGAAGCUGGAAGCCGGACAACUUUCUACAGAGGCGAGUCUUUUAGUACUAUUUGUCCACCUAUUUGGGUCAACCCAUCUUUUUGAUGUGCGAAUGUUCUUUCGCAGAGCGUUUGUGCCUGUGGCUAUCUCUUUUGAUUGGUUUUCUAGAUGCUGUACAUAUUUAUUUUAGCUAGGAAAGAGUGUGACUACUGACUAUCUUGUUUAUUAUGGAUAAUUAUGGUUAAUUACAUGCGAUAAAUCUGGUCUUUUGCGCGGAUGAUUUACUUAUCUAAACUUAUAAAAGGAACGGUUUUGAUUAUCAAAAUAUGAUUGCGCGAGUCUUGUUUUUCCACGCUAGUGUUUUUCCUAUCAAGCUCUCGCUGCUACCUCAAGACCCUCUCAGAGAGUAAACAAACCUCAUCUUUUUCUGCGGGCCAAGUGGUGGCGUGGUUGGAUCUCCGCUUGGCUUCACCGCCAGCGGCGGAAUGGGCCUCCAGCAUCCUUUUAUUCCCCUGGGUUUGAGCCUAGUCAACGGCUGAGAGGAAAUCAAUGGUGGAGUUUUCCCUUGGAAGAUCGUAUGUGUCAAUUUUACCUUUUGGCCCUUGGGGUUUGUUCGAGUUUUUUUUGUAGAUUGGGUGAAUAUGAAAAGGGUUUGAGAGUUGGUUCUGGUGUUUUUUUUCCUUGUAGCACAGAGAAUCUAUGAACAUGCAGAGUUUGUUUCCCGUGUUUGAACAUUUGCAGCUUCAUUCUGCCCACCGAUCUGUUUCUCACCAGGUUCGUUUACGGAUUGAUUCAAAGUUAGUUUCAUUAACACACACAAGCUCAUAUCAUAUGUCUUCAUACAGAGUAACAUCAAUGUACUCCGUAUUUAUGUCUUCGCUAUUUCAAUGGAAUUCUUAUUAACCAAAAAAGAAAAAAAAUCAUGCAUGUUGAUAUGUCAGUUUUCUAGGUGUCUGUAUGAUCUUGAUCUAAGUUGUUCUUGGUACAUGAAAGAAUGAAAUUUUAUCGAUUUCUAUGUUAGAGCCACGUGUGUGAAUGGUGAUAAUACAAAGAAAGUAACCCCUCACCCCCAGCUGUGUUGAUUGCUAUUGUGAAUUUUCAUUUCUGCAUUACCACAAUAUUUACUGAUUUGGGACUUUAAAAUGAGCAAAUACACGCACAUAUGCAUACUCGAAUCUUUUUACCAGUAUAUCAUGGUGACGAAAUCGUAUACCCAUUAAAACUUAGGCAAGUCUUAUUUUUGGUAUGAAGGAUGAUGGUUUAUUAAUUAUGAAAACAAGUACAUGAUGGAAUGCUUUUCUGUUCGAUUGUUUUUGUGAACCACGAAAUGAUAAACAUAUUCACAAUUAAAGCCUUAUGGUAUAUGUAUUUUUAAUGUGUCCCCAAACGCGUGAAAGUUAUGUGCAGAUUAUUUGUUAUUUUGUGGCUCUUUAUCCUUUAGUUUUUCUUGUUGCUUUCUCAAAUUCCUUGGGUGUCAUUUUUUAGCUAUUAAUGACAUGAGUUAUGUGCAGAUUAUUUAGUAGCUUCAGCUGGAUUAGAGUACCGAAGAGCUCGUUUAUCAAUGAGGAAAGAGACAAAAUAGAUGUUGGAAUCAUAUCUGGACUGAGGAAUUAAGGUCAGAGUUUAAAUUCCUUUGUUUGUCUAGAUUACCUGAUCAAAUUGAAGUGUUUUGGUGUGUUCUCUCAUUGAAACCGUUCAAGAAGUAGGUUCUUUGCUUUCAUUUUCAGGGUUGUAUAAUCUUGUGCUUCUUGAAUUAGCUGAUUUUCAGCUUCUUCUUUUCAUUUACACAAUUGGCAUUCAUAUUCAUGUUCCUUCACGGGGUUCAAUCAAACGUCUUGUGUUUUGCGAUGAAUCAUCUGAUUUUCUUGCUGGGAUUUUCAAUAGCGAGAUCUUACUAAUUCUUUCUAUGAAAAUUAAGACCGAGGUAGAAAGCGCGCUAGCUUCUUCUAGAAUGUGUAUUAGCUCUUCUUCUACGAGAGCGCAAAAGGGAAUGGCAGGGAGGUGAAAGAAACUGCUGCCAUGACUUUCUGUAUAUGUUUUGAUUCUUGUAGUAAAAAGUACAUAAAUGCUUUCCGGUGAAUGUACGUUACCUUAUUGUCGUGACCUUGCAGAUGGUGUAAAGAACAAAAUAUUACACUCUGGAAAUGCUAUAAAACAAGCUCCUGGUUUGCUAUUUGAUCGAAUGAAAAGAAUGUAAAAUAGGCUAAACUUGUUUGUUUACCAUUAGCAUACUUGCUAUGCUAGUUUGCUUUUGGUGGGUGCCGAUCUGGCAUAAGCAAAGAAGACGAGCAACUUGUCAAACUUUUUUUCGAAUUCAUGUAAUACUUAUUCAAACUAUAUUUAUGAUGCUGAACAAAACGAGCCUUUUCGUGUUAAAAAAGAGAGAACAAAACGAGCCUUUAAUUAGGUGAUUUCUUACGGUUUCUCUUAGCUGAGUUUUAUUGUAACGGGCCUAGAUUGCGCGCCUUGCAUCUCACCAGUAAGUAGAAAAACGGUAUUGAGGUGAGUUCUUACUGUUUCUCUGAGCGAAGGAUUUUGUAACGGGUUUGGAUUGCACGUCUUGCAUCUCACUAGUAAGUAGAAAAACGGGUAUAAAACGCGCACUCUCUCUGUAUAAACCAAAACCCUAUAGCUCAACCUCUUCAUUGCUGGCCGGGGGGGGGGGGGACGCCCUCUUCCCUUCUCCCCCGAGCUCCCGAUCUGGUUUUCUCCCUCCCCUCCUUUCUAUUUCGGCUGACGUUUCAUCCUCUGGCCUUCUCCCCUCUCCUCUCGUCGACGGCCGCCGAUUUUUUCCUCUUGAGGUAAUCGGUUAACGGCGAGGUCGUCUGAUGAGGGAGGCGACUUUGAAGCCCGUGAGACCACCCACCAUGUUUCUACUCCUGGGUAGUCAUGGUUCAGGCCUAACUGCAAGUGGUGGUCUCACGUCAAGUGCGGAUCUGGUCUGAGGCUGUGCUUGGGCGUUUGUGGGUGGCAACGGCGAGCGGCGUGCAUGGAUCGAUUGGUACCACUGUGGUCGGUUUGCCCAUGUCUUUUGUGGGAGCCAAAUCGACGAUGUCUCGACAGUCAUUGGUGGGUUUCCAGCUGCGCACAGGGGCUGUUGCUGGCAUCUGGUGGUUUGUUCGUUCCGAGGCUGGUCUUGGGGUUUCGGCAGUGUCUGGGUGGAUGGCCGGCGGUGGUUUUCUGGUAGGGUUGGGUCAGGUUUGGGUUUGCUGGGCUUAGCCUAUGUCUCCUGUGGGCUUGGCUCCCCAGGGCUUGGCCUAUGUUUCCUAUGGGCUUUGCUCCUUGGUUUUGGGGUCUGAUAGUGGGGAUCGACUGGUGGUGGUGGUGGUUGCAGUGGUGGCAAUAGGAUGUGGUGGCCUGGUGGGUGUUCGAGGUUGCCGCAGUGGUGGAUGUGCGCGUGCAGUGUUGGGCUUGUGAUUGCUUUGGUCUUUGUUUUGAUUUGGGCUUGUGUUUCGGGUCAGGCCCAUGGAGUUUAGGGCUUUAUUGUUAGGGGCUCGUCCCUCAGGGCGUGGUUUGGGCUCGGUCCCAAACUGCUUUUCUUUUUUCGUCCAACCUUUGGUUGGAUUCCCCUUUCCCCCCUCGAUGUACCCUUUGUUGAGAUUUUAGUAAAAUUUUGUUGCCUAUAAAAAAAAAGAGAGUAGAAAAA